AUGAGCAAUAGCAGUUACAUAAGCAGCCCACCAGCUCUCAAUCUAUCAUCAAAGUCACUCAGAAAAACUGCCAUCUUAUGGCUAUUAUUCAUAUUAUUCGAGAAUUCCUUGAUUCCUAUUGCCCUUUUCUUCAUUCUUGGAGACAUUUUUCAUGUCAAGCUAUGGAUCAUAUACACCGUCAUAGCCAGCAUCUGGGGGUUCGCCCUCUAUGUCCAAUUCCUCAUUCGAUUAUGGAAAUUUCUUCGGCGGUGGAAAUACUACAGACCUCUUUCAUCAACAGAAACAAAUUCUGACCAAAACCCAUCCCAUCCCCGCCUAUACAGCCUAGACACAACACACUGGAUCCUGCUAGUCGCACUAUCUAUUUCCAUCGCCGAAUUAAUCAUCGCUACGGCUCUGACAACACCAAGCAUCCGGGUCCUUUCAGUCGUCAAUCAAUCCAUGUUUCUUGCGCUGAGUAUCGCCGUUUUUAUACUCGACGUCGGGUCGUGGUUUGCUAUGCGUGCCACCUUUCGUGUGAGCUCGAUUGCGAGGGGGGAACCACUUCGCCCGGGCCUGUAUACGUUAGUUGAAGAUGUCAUGGCCGUUGAUGCUGGUUAUGGACUGGAGUUUCGGGGACAUAUCAAUGCGCGAUGGAAAGCUAGUCCGAGUUUCAGAUUGCUCUUCCAGCGAUUAAGUCCGCUGUGGUCUGUUUCAGGUAUAGCUGUGAAUGGAGUGUGUCUUGGAGUGAGCAUUGUUUUGAUCGAUGAUACGCAUGGCAAGGGCGAGGCUGGGUUUGUUAUAGGGUUUGCUGUACCGUAUGUCUGGGCUUUUGGCUUGAUCAUUAUAAGUGUGGCUGUGGUCAAGAGUAGUCUACAGAAAGAAAGAGAGCGAUGGUCGGAAGGAGGAUAA